AUGCGCACGUCUCUGUUCCUUCUUCUCUCGACGCUGGCGGCGGCGGCGUCAAUCCCGCAACAAGUCCCGUUUUCCGAUGACUCCGUGACCAGCGAUACCAAGCCCAUUCCGAACCCCCGCCCGCUCGUGAUCUGGCACGGCCUCGGCGACACGGCCCACUCAGACGGCAUUGACGAGUUCAUCGGCAUUGUGCGCACGCGAUACCCCGGCAUUUACGUGCACAGUAUUGUCGCGCCGCUGAACUCGGGCCCGAGCGAGGAGCAGCGUGCCGGCUGGUGGGGCAAGGCCGAGCGGCUGGCUGAGGACCAGUGCGCCGAGCUCGAGUCGAUUCCGGAGCUGCAGAAUGGGUACGAUGCCAUGGGAUUCUCUCAGGGCGGGCUGUUUCUGAGGUACAUCGCGCAGUACUGUGAACACGGCGAUCGUAUGCGCAACCUCAUCACUUUCGGCACACCGCACUACGGCAUCAACGCGCUCAUACCCUGUCCCGACCCACCGACACUCAUGUGCAAGCUGGCGUACAACGCCGCCCGGGCGGGAGUGUAUACCGCGUUCGCGCAGCGCCGUCUGAUCCAAGCCCAGUACUACCGCGACGUGGACCGUCUGGACGAGUUCCUGACGCUGAACACAUUCCUGCGCGACCUGAACGCAGAGGGGAUUCUGGACGACGACGGCGAGCCAACAGGCAGGGAACACGGCGGCCGCGGCCUCGACAAGCUCGAGAACCUUAUCGCCGUCAACUUCCUGAACGACACGACCGUCUUCCCGGCCAGGAGCUCGCAGUGGGCCACCCUGGCGCCCGAGGAGGAGGACCCCGACGCCGAGGCGAAGACGCUAGAGGACGUCGGGACUAUGGACGUGCUGGAGAAACGCCGUGUGAUUCUUCUGAAGGAUCAGCCGCUUUAUGAGCAGGACUGGAUCGGGCUCAAGACGCUCGACAAGAAGAAGAGACUCCACCUCGUCGACUGCGAGGGGCAGCACAUGCAGCUCGGAGGCGAGGGGGGAUGUGCUGACAAACUGCUCGACAAGUGGGUCGGAUGGGACCAGAAGGAGAAGCAGUGA